CUUGUGUUGUUUCCGACAUUUCCGAUCGCGGCAUGGAGGUUUGCGUCUGCAUCGAGCGGCAUGGUGGAAUGGUGUGGCGCGAAGUACUGAAAAAUAGUUGACAGCGUAUUUGUCGCCAGAAUUAUGACAAACCUCUAGUUACUCUAGCCACUCAGCAAACUGUGCAAGCCUGAGAUGAGGUUGCUGGCCGGAGAACAUGUACUCCGAAUGCCUUAGUGAUCGCAUAGAGCGAGUGAAAUCACAGUGUGCAAGUGUUUCGUGCUGUGCUACCUCUCGCAAAUGUGACGAAGAAAACGUCUUUAAAAUAGACUACCUUAGUCCAGACAUUUCCUACCGCGAAUUUUUUCUGCAAUAUGCGUUCUCGAAUACGCCGUGCAUCCUUUCGCCGCAACAUACUAGCGAUUGGAAGAGUCGUCAUGAAUGGGUUGACAGCUCCGGCCGUCCGAAGCUUGAGUUCCUCAAGUCUUCGUUCGGAUCAGCCACCGUACCCGUUUCUGACUGCAGCGUCAAGCAGUACGACUCCCCAUCAUGUUGUGAGAUGACGUUUUCAGAGUAUGUGGACUACUGGCAAAAGCUCAUUGACUCUGGGCACGACUAUUGUGCGAACCCGUGCCUGUACCUCAAAGACUGGCAUUUCACCAGGGAUUUUCCCACCUAUGGCCCUUAUACUACACCAAAAUAUUUCAGUUCUGACUGGCUUAAUGAGUAUUGGGACUUAAGGACCGAUGUAAAGGAUGACUUUCGCUUUGUGUACAUGGGACCCAAAGGAUCAUGGACGCCACUGCAUACGGACGUGUUCAAGUCAUUCAGUUGGUCUGCCAACAUCUGUGGGAGAAAGCUUUGGUACCUAUUCCCACCACGUGAAGGUCAAGUCAACAAGGGAAAGAAGCACAAGCUGCCAUGCAAUGUCAAUACUCUGCUGGAGGAAAGCCUCAAGGAUGCCUCUGAGGCACCAAACCUUCUGAAACAGGGAAAAGAUGCACCAUACUUGAAAAUCGUUCAAAGCCCUGGAGAGAUUAUAUUUGUCCCGAGUAAUUGGUACCAUCAAGUUCACAACCUGGAUGACACAAUCUCAAUCAACCAUAACUUUCUUAAUGCUUGCAAUGUUAAGACAGUAAUGAUCAAUCUGAUGGCUGCAUUAAUUGAUGUUCAAGAGGAAAUAGCGGCUUUUCAAGACACUGAUGGAUUUCAGGAGCAUUGUCAGGCUAUGCUGAGAGCUCACUUUGGCAUGAAUGUGGCAGACUUUUGUGCGAUGCUUGAAGCAAUCUUGAGACGGAGAAUGAAAAUGUUUAAAAUGCCUCCAGCACAACGAGGAGUUGCUUACCUGACCAAGGAAGCACUUACAUAUGACGUGAUGGCUGCCUUGUUCUGCCACAAGGAAAUACUGGAGUGGCCUGCUCCCAUAUUGGAAACAGCACAUAUCAAUAAAGAACUUACGUGUCACAUUAGGAAGGACCUAGAAGAGCUGGGCGAGCUAGACAAAAACUUAGAACAUUCGCUGGACAUUGUGCAACCGACCCUGGUGAUGUAGAGCCAAGAAUUCUCAGUGCUGCAAUAUGUCUGAGUAGAUGCAAUGUAGCAUGUAAAUAUAUAUUUGUAUUACUACACAGUGAGAGCCCUUGUCUUCCGUAAGAAAGGUUUGACAAGAGCCAUGUUUUACCGAGAACUAUUCACACUGUGUGUAAAUGUGCUCAUAUAUUUAAUGUAGUUCUAGCAGACUUUUAAUUGUGUAAUUGGGAAGGAAAUGUGUGACUAGUCCUCCACAAUAUGAGUUUUAUGAGAAUAAAGCUUUUCUUUUCGUGCA